AAGUGUUUUCUGGUCUUCUAAUUUUAAUUAGAAUCCAAACAGGGCACUAUCUAGCUCGAGCUCACUCAACCAUAAUCUACUUUAUAAAUCUCACUUUAUCUUCCACAGAACCUAAAACCCACGAGAGGAGAAAAAAAUGGCCAAAGAUGAAAACGGCACCGCGUCGGAUAAAGGUGGCGACGUCGUAGAAAGCAGCGGGAAAUCAAAAGACAAAUCUCGACAACAAAAUUCCGAAUCCGAAUCACAUAGAAGGAGGAGAUCGCGAGAUAGCACCGAUUCCGAGUCGGAGUCAGAAUACGAAGACACCAAACGCAGAAAAUCGAAGCGAAAGUCACGGAAACGGAACAGAAGUAGAAGAAGCUCCGAUUCGGAGCCGGAAUCAGAGUCGGAUUAUUCGAGUGAGAGUGAAGAAUCGGAGAGGAGAAGAAGGAAGAGGAAGGAGAGGAAAAGAAGGGAAAGAGAGGAAGAGAGGGAAAGGAAAAGGAGGAAAAGAGAGAAAGAAAAGAAGAGGGAAAGGAAGGAGAAAGAAAAGAAAAAGAAGGAGAAAGGGAAAAAGGGAGCAGUUACUAAUUCAUGGGGCAAGUAUGGGAUUAUUCGAGAAACUGAUAUGUGGAAUAAACGACCAGAGUUCACUGCAUGGCUGGCAGAAGUGAAACAGGUGAAUCUAGAAACCCUGCCAAACUGGGAAGAGAAGCAAAUGUUCAAACAAUUCAUGGAGGAUCAUAACACGGCAACUUUUCCUUCCAAAAAAUAUUAUAACCUUGAUGCUUAUUACCAACAUAAAAUGGAAAAGGAACUGAAGAAAGGUUUCAAGAAGGUCAUGGCAUCAGAGCGUACUGUAUUUAAUGAUGAAGAACAGCGUCGGCAAGAACUAAUGCGAGAACGUGAAAAGCAAAAGGAAGCAGAGGUGGAAGCCUUAAAGUGUUCUAUGCAGAGUGGAAUGGCACAAGCAAUGAAAGAACAAGCCCAGCUGAGAGAAGAGAUGGCUUACCAGUACAAGCUUGGCAAUUUUGAGGCCGCGGCUGCUAUUCAAAGAAGGUUGGACCCAGAUGUUGCUAUGUGAGUCUUACUAGCUUUAACGCGAAAGCCUAAACUAUUACAGAUUCAUGUAUUUCUCAUCUUAUAACAUGCACAUGGAUCCUGACCACCAAGCUGCCAAAGAUAUCACUUCUGGUGUUGAUUUUUAUAGUUGACUGCCAAGGAAAACAAAUGGAUCUUCUUAAUGUUUUGGGGCUUAGGCAUUUGUGUUUCUCAUCAUCUAUGCACUUCCAGUUUUUGCAGCUACAUAGGAAUGCUGUAUUUAGCAGCCAUUGUAUCAGCAGUAAUGUUAAUUCUGAUUUUUCUACGCA